AUGUCUAAAAGGAUAAAAAAUGUCUCCAUUUCUGUACCUAUUCUUUACGGUAAUACCGCAAAACACUUGGCGAAUGAGAAACGGACAGAAAAGACCCCACCUGAUCACACACAUGAGUGGACUGUCUUCUUCAAGCCAGCCUUGGACAAUGUUGACCUUACUCCACUCAUUAAAAAAGUUACAUUCAAACUACACGAAACUUAUGAAAACCCGGUCAGAUCAGUCGAGAAGCCGCCCUAUCAAGUCACGGAAACGGGUUGGGGUGAGUUUGAGAUCAUCAUAAAGGUGCACUUUCAUCCUGGUGCUGAAUUGGGAAUCAACGAAAAAAAUUUCCAGAUUUUCCAUGGUCUAAAACUUCAUCCGUACAAUCCACGUGCACCGAAAAGAGAAAAUGGAGAGGUGUACUCUGUUUUGUUUGAUGAGCUCGUGUUCAACGAACCCACAGAAGCUACGUUUGAGAUUCUCACAAGAAAACCCUCGAAUCUCCUACCCUACAAGCUUUCAGAUCCACUGAAACGUGAUCAAGAGUACUUGCGAACAGAUGAGAUAGACGAGCUAGCGAGACUUGACGUUUACAUCUCGAAAGUGAAGGAAGAAAUAGAGAAACAGCGCCACGAGUAUAAAGAACUCGAGCAACAACGAGCAGCUUUGCUACAAUGA